AGUGGGGACGAGUGCAAAAGGCACCGUUAGAAUUUCAGUAUAAAAAGAGCAGCGCAGCAAUCGAGAGUUCAAUUCGUCGGAGCCCCAGGAAGGAGCCAGCAGCAAAAGAACCAUCCAGCAGCAAAGAGGAUCACCCAUCAGAAGCGAGGACAAUCGAGCAGCCAAAGUCAGCGGACAGCGAGGGAAGCAUUAUUCCACGCCGGGAGGCUGCCCAAUCACCCAGCGACGGAAAACUUAUUCCACGCCGGGAGGCUGCCCAAUCACCCGGCGAGGGAAAGGUUAUUCCACGGCGGGAGGCUGCCCAAUCAACGUGGCGCACCGAGAAGAGCUUCGCUGGAGAGAAGAGAACGGACGAAAGCUCCGUAGGAGUGAGGAGCGCUUCCGGGGACGACCAAGACAUUCCCCGGGAGGAAACGAGAGAGGAGCACCACGGUGUAUCUCCCCAUCACCGUCAGCGCGAGGAAGAGAGAGGAAAGGAUCGCACUACGUCUCCCCAUCACCUCCAGCGCGAGGAAGAGAGAGAGGAAAGGAUCGCACCACGUGUCUCCCUCACCACCAGCAAGAGAGAGGAGAGGAUCACGCUACGUGUCUCCCUCACCACCAGCGCGAGGAAGCGAGAGGCGAACAUCCCGUCGAAUAUCUCCCACACCAGCAACAAGGAGAAACUCCACAUCAGCUCCACGGACUCCGUCAACACGAGGAAGGGGACUGAGCCAACAACGGGCAUUCCGUCAUACUUCUCCGUCUACUUUAGCGAGAGAAAGAACUUUAUUGUCACCAAGAGCGGGAAGAGGACGACGGACUCAACAGCGCGCGUCUGGCUAUGCAUCUUCUUCUCCCACAGUAGCGGACCAGGCAUCAUUAUCACCAGAGGAAAGGAGAGGAAAGCGAGUUGA